GCAGCCAGAAAGUGCCGAACGAGGAGGAUAGUUCAGUUUGAGCCAUUAACACAGAAAAAAGCGAUGUUAGAUGUAAUUUAUGAAUAAAAACUCGAUAAACUCGCUGCGGUUAGGUAUGGACAGGGUGUGCUGUGUGGUCUGCGAGAGCUCGGAGUGGACGAAACCGGCGAACUGAGCUCAAACACCAGCUAGCUGCGUCUUCCUCAGGUCGGGCGUGGUGGUGGCUGUUGGGAAAACGGAAGCCAUGUUGCUCUUCGCGUCUCUGCUCUGUCUGUCCUGCACCUUCCUGCACGCGCAGAAGCUACAAAAAACCACGAGAUGGCCACUUUACUCCCAGAAGCCUCUCCUGCUGGUCUGGAACGCGCCCACGGAAGCCUGCGAACCGCGCCACAGGGUCAAAUUCCAGUUCAACCUCUUUCAGAUCGUGGCCUACCCCACCGAGGGCUUCGUCCGUCAAAACCUCACCAUCUUCUACAAGGAGCGGCUGGGCCUGUAUCCGUAUUACGAACACGACGGCACGCCCAAGAACCUCGGCCUCCCGCAGCUGGCGAGCCUCGAACAGCAUCUGAGCAAGGUUCCGGAAGGUCUCGCCAAGUACAUCAAAGAGCCCACGGCUAAAGGGCUGGCCGUGCUCGACUGGGAGGAAUGGAGGCCGACGUGGAUCCGCAACUGGCACACCAAGCUCAUUUACCGCGACGAAUCCAAGAAGCUCACGGCAAAUAAAAAUCCGGGCUGGACCCCGGAGCAGGUGGCCAGAGUGGCCGAGCAGGAGUUCGAGCUUUCGGCGCGCAGGUUCAUGCAGGAGACGCUGCGUCUGGUCAAAAGUCUGCGUCCGAAUCAGCUCUGGGGGUUUUACCUCUUCCCCGACUGCUACAACCACGACUACACGAGCACCAGCGGUAUAAAGAACUACACGGGCCGCUGCCCGCCCGUAGAGACGACGCGGAACGAUCGGCUGGAGUGGCUGUGGACGGAGAGCACCGCCCUCUUUCCCUCCGUGUACCUGAGCCGGGCGCUGAAGGACCAGACCAUCGGCCGACAGUUCGUCAGGAACCGCGUCAGAGAAGGCAUGAGGCUGGCGUCCACCGGAAACGGCACGGCGCGGCCCGUGUUCGUGUACGCGCGGCCCACUUACGCCAACGAGCUCACGCUGCUAACAGAGAUGGAUCUGAUCUCGACGAUAGGUGAGAGUGUGUCCCUGGGUGCCGCCGGCGUCAUCCUGUGGGGCGACGCCACCUACGCCAGCAGUAACGCGAGCUGUUCCAGUCUGAGCGAGUACCUCCGCGCCGGCGCCCUCGGCCGCUACCUGCUCAACGUCUCGUCGGCGGCCGAGCGGUGCAGCGCCGGGCUCUGCGGCUGGCACGGACGCUGCCUGCGCAGGAACCCCGACACGGACACGUACCUGCACCUGAGCCCGCGCACGCACACCAUCGAGCUGCAGGGGGGUCGCCUAACCGUCCGCGGCAAGUCGGACCAGGAGGAGCUGACGCGGCUGAACCGGGACUUUCAGUGCCAGUGCUACACCGGGUACUCGGGCGAGGGCUGCGUGCAAGGCAGCGCCGCCGCCUCGGUGAACACGUGCUCGCUCGUGCCGCUGGUUUUGAUGCUAGUCCUGACGCUAGGUGUUCUGCAGUGAGCGCUAUCGAGUACUGGACACGCCUACACUGGAAACAGCGCCGUUUAGACCAGGUUCUGAAUGGAGGAAGUGGGGGGGUGCGCAUGAUUAACCGAUAACCGACAGCUGAUGUUUAAAUUAGCACCCAAGCGCAGCACGCAUCUCUCAACAGCAGGUCUGAAUCCCCCCAAAACCUGGUCAGAUGUUUUACCUGGUGCUCCAGUAUGAAGGUCUUGAGUUACUGGAUCAAUCCAGACUACAGCCAAGUCACUACCGUCCUGUGGGACCCCUGAGCUCCUCAAACGGAGUAAAUAAUGAUCGGAUUCUGAUCGUUCUGGUUCUGCGUCACUGCCACGUCUCUCUGUUGUCGUCUUGUAAUUGUAUUUACUGAAGCCUUUUAAUGAAAGCUGUGAAUCUGGGGUGUGUUUAUUAUUUUAUAGGCGCACCAUCAGCGCGUCGGUUAUCGGUUAAAACUAUUUAAUCCCCGAUACGAAGGCCUUCCGCUACUUUUCAGGCGAGUCUGUUUCUUUUAAGUGCUGCCCCCUGUCGCACAGGAGGGCGAACUGCAGGAGUUUUACACUGUCUGACGCAGAUCUAUACCUCUCUUCUACCAACCAGGGCCCAAACCCUUUAUUUUGAUCUUUAGAACUGGCUCAAGGCUGGCUCCCUACGAAUGAGCCAUCGUUCAUGUAGGCGGUGGCAGAGCUGAGAUUCGAACUCACGAGCUCUGGUGUGCUAGAGUGUUUUGUAAGCGUUAGCAUCACCAGUAAAGAUUCGGUAGAUACAGUAAACACGUGCAGUACUUUAUACAAAGACUGAACAACCCAAAGCCUCAAACCCGCCGUCCGAUCACUGCUGGGUGGUGUCGCACGAGCCUGUCGGGCUCAAUUUCAUCUGCCAAAGCACCGACGCUUGUGCCUCGAUUUCUGCUUCACCCUGUCAUGAACGUUCACUCUGUACAUCGUGUUUAAUAGUGGCUGAAUGUUGUUUUUAUUUUAGAUAAUGUUAUUGUAUUGUGAUAAUAUUGGUGUUUUGUGAGCUGAGCGCUGCGAUAUUCAUGUUUCUGUGCUUGAUGAAUGAUGGUUUUCUUACUGCCCCGAUACAAAGAUCAUGUUUUAUAAUUAACAAACCAGUUACCGUAUUUUCUGGACUGUAUGGUGCUGAUUACACACCAGCAAAAGACGUUACUGUGAUACCUCUCUGCCAGGCUACUCCAGUCAUAACAAGACUUGGUGCUGUUAUUGUAUUUCAAAGCAAUACGAACGCCUCCCUUCCAACAACAGAUUAAAUAAUUCCCGUUAUGAGCAAGUCUCGACAUGAACUGCGGGGCUGGAAUUCAAUCCAGCGUCGUUCAGAAACCGUUUGUGAUCUCAUGAGGACCAAACCCUGGAUCCUUGACCAGAGAAAACAGGGCAGGAAUUCACUGUUCCAUUCACUUUUUCCUAGCGAGUGCUGUUCAAUCUGAGGAAAGCCAAAUCGUGCCUUCAAAUAGAGCGAGCGCUGCUGUGUGUUCAGUACGUAGCAUGGGGUGGAAAUCAUGCAGGGUUGUUCCACAUUCCAAGAGGCUUUGAUGAAGUCAAAAUUCUUUUAUGUUUUUCUUUUUAAUACUAGAUUAAACAUUAGAAAACAAGCUUUAAUCUUCUGUUCCCCACCUAAGCUAAAAGUAUUGUGUGGUAAGAUUAAACCUAUAGGAGUCUGGUCCUACUCCUUAUGAGCUUUUUGCUACUCCAUUUCGGGUGUUGACAUUUUUCUGUUCAUCCCCAUUGUGUCCAAAAUGAGAUUUUUUAAAAACUGUUAUAUCAAAAAUCUGGUACUUUAUAAUAUUAUGUUGUUUUUUUUACUAGUGGUGCCUGAUAAAUACCAUAAAAUCCAAAUAUUUGGGCUUGACAGUUUGAACAGCUUCAACAGAGGCGCUGAAUAAUUACAAUCAAGCAGCUCGUCGACCUUGGGGUUCAGGGUGGGCCAGCGGGUACAGGAGCCAGGAACAGUAGACGGCCAGCAUCACAGUCACUCCUACCUGAAAUACGUGGAAAAUCCACUUACUGGCAUUUAGACAGUAAUUAAAUGUAUGUGGCACCUUCAUUGCCUGCUAAACCGCCCUGCUGCCGAGUACUGAAUCUGAUUCUGUAAAAGUUCACUGCCGAUUACUUGCACUCGGUCACAUAACGUCUGGAAAAUACGGUAAAACUCACCGCAGGCCUGAUGUUCAGUUUAUACAGUCGUACCAAAUCCUGCUUGUUGAUUUUCAAGCGAAAGACGUUUUGUUUUGAUCAUGAGGGUCUUUUUCAACAUGAGUGAGCAUAUGAUUAUAUGUCUGAGAGAAUGAAAACUAAAGUGUCUUAUUCCUUUUUUACAAUAAAUAUGAUACCAGA